AUAAUUUUCUUAACGGAAACGCCGGACCGCGACAAUGUUGACAACUUCCUCAGUGCGACACCAGAGCCGGGUUCUUGCUCGUUCCUUUUGCCAGAAUGUUUUGACGCGUACGUUGACACAUCAAGGUCAAGCUCCUCUCGAGGUCCAAUCCACAGUACCCAAAUCUCAGUUUCUGUACUAAUGUCAAAUGCUAACACGGCAUUUUUGUCAAUGCAGUUGCACUCAUGGCAGGACUAUAUGCUCGGAACUCCUCCAGAAAACAUAAAAGAACAGCUUGAAAUCGAUUAUAGCCCUCGUUUUCGUACUGUCUGUUUUCGUGGGGUCCCUACGAAUUGCUCUGUCACCAAGUUCCUCGACGAACUUAAAUUCGGUCCCAUUGAGCGGGUAACAACCGAGAACAACUGCAUUUUUCUCCAGUUCUUUAAUACACGCGCUGCCUCGCGAUGUAUUAAAGAGCUGCAGAUGAGGCCGAGAUACGGGAUGACCUGCGAAAUGGAUUCAUUUAUGUCUCCUCCGCUUCUUGCUACUACGGUUGCACAUUUGGGAUUGCACAAUGCCUCUCGAGCAGUGAACGUGUGCUAUGACGUCUAUCACCGACGGAACAAGGAUCCACCGACGGAAGAAUCAUGCAGGGAAGCUCUGUCGGUCUAUGGAGAAAUAGAGUCUGUGCAGUUUGUGGAGAAAACACGUAUCGGGGGGCCAUUCCAUGGAUUCGUAUUCCGGUAUUUGAAUAUAGAAUCCUCAAUCAAGGCUUUUGGAGGGCUCCGGAAUGGUUUGCCAGGCUUUGAGCGUGGUAGUACUUCGAGUGCUUACGUCCGAGAUUCGUCGACUUACUGGCUUCCGGAAUGGUAUACUGCAACACGUGGACAGAAUCGCCCCAGCACUGUUGUCCUAAGUGACGUUCAGGACAUGGCAUCGGUCAUGCCAGCAAUACGGAAGGUCUUGCGGAAGCUAGGAUCACCCGCUAAAGCGUAUGGCACCUUUACCUUGAACAAUUCCUUUGUGAAUGGUGCUUCUUGACAAAAAUGGGACUUUAUUUACUGAUGGACAGUGCAUCCAAUUUGUGUCCCCCGACUACGCAAACGACUUUCGGGAGCUAUUUCGCUCAGAUGCAGAACAACUGGGCAUCCAUACGAAAUUGAAGAACAGCAAUGACGCUGGGACGUCCCGCUCCUCACUAUGGUCUUCUCACGGCGAUAGACCUAGGAAUGACUUCUGUGCUGUAUUUGAAAACCAGGGAACCCCUUUCAAAUCAUAAUGUGUGGUUGCUGAGAGAAAUGUCGCCGGGAGCCUGGGUACACAAGAUAAUAGACGGGUUGAUUGUCAACUUCCCCGAUGUUUUCUACGCCAUGCAGUUUCUUCUACUCCUGGCAUCUGGGAAUCACGGGUUUGAGGGG